AUGAGGGUUGCCGCCGCAGCCUCCCGGUUGCUAGAGACCGCAAAUCGCAUUAUCAAAGAAGUUCAUACCCGCGCAGUCCAGGAGAACGUCAGAGAAGUUCUGGGCUUCUACAUUGUCGAUCUCACUAAGAUAAGCGCUAUUGUUCACCUGAUCGAGGACGAAGAUGCGUUGCAAACAACAGACGUGGUCCUCGCCUUGACUAGACUCCAAAAAGUUGGAGCAGAGCUUGUGCAGCACUUGAAGACACUUGAUCUGGGAGGUAAUGGAACGAGGCAUCCACUUGCCCACCAGUUCGUGGGUGGGUCGCAAGAUAAGAUUAUGCUUGCGGAUAUCAUGACGGAGGUCGAUCGUGCGAAAUCCAACAUCUGCUUACGGAUUCAGAAUGCCGCUGUCGGACUGACGUACACCACUGGCGACAAUGUUCUUGCCAACGCUAAGGUCAUCCAUCAACUCGAUCGUCUCCUUCUAAAAAUCAUUGGAGAGGGCCAAGGGCUCAAGCUAGCCGGCCUACUCAAAGGCCGGGCACCGCAAGAUGACGGCUUAGUGUCUCUAACCAAAGCCGAAGUUGCUUUUCUAGACGAAGAGGCAGUCGCUGUCAUGGACUCGAAAGGUGCAGCAGGUUCUAGAUCUGAUAACGAAACUACGGAACUCUUCAUCCAUAAUAAUAGGUUGGAGGGUUCGGCUAUCCAGAUACUUGGCCAGAUUGGGGAAGACAAGUGGAGGAACCGUCGCGUUGAGAUCCUCAAUAACGAAGUCGUAGGUCAGGCCAUCCAAAUUGGAUGGCCGAUCGACUUUAAAACAUUCAGGUAUUUGCUUGACUGCCAAAGGAGCCAUGCAGAGGCUAUUUCACACAGCCCGGCAACCAACGCCGCGCCUAUCAUUGAAAGAACACAUCUUGAGGACGAAGGGGCAAUAUUCUUGGCCGACGACAAAUUGCGGCCGCUGUUGCGGAGGAAUAGUGGGUCGGCCUUCCUCAGCCGCCUUCCCUCUGCUAUUGCCGUUGCGACCUCAGAGACUGCACCUUUUGGCUUGAGGCUGGUUACUCUCAAACAGCCAUCCGAAAAUUACAAGAGAAUUCUCACCGUGAUCGGGGACAUGGUUGGUGCACUUGAUGAAGGAUGUAUCUUGCCGCUUGAAUCGGUUCCCAUUGAAGAGUCCAUUUUCAAAAUCAUUCCCACUCUAUCUGGAGUUGCGCUUCAAGGGAGGAUUGCAGACUUGAAGAACAUUGUGAUGUACUGGGGAAUUCUGACCGCAUCGACUGCAGCUUUCUAUGGCCAAGAACUAGAUUGGUAUUUAAGAGAGAUGAAGCCAAUUGAUGGAUCCGUCUACACCCAGUUUACUCUGAAUACCCCGGAUACCCUGAUAAUGCCGAAGUCGAGGUUCGACGACUCUUUUAAGAUUGUGUCUGGGUUACCUCAACCCGUCGAUCUCAGCGGGAAGAAGAUAGAGUUCCAUGUGUUUCGCCACCAGCCUUUCAAUUUGAUUGACCGCGCAAGUUGCUGGACUAAAAUUCUGAACUUGUGCUCAAUCUUCACCUUGAGUGAAGGGUUGCACGAGGUUGUCGAUCUUACCCCCGAAACUCUGGAGACAGCAUGGGCUCUGGAGCCAGGAGUCAUGCUUAUUCAGACCAACCACUUAUUUAAAAUUUUCCCAGGUGCUUCUGUGGGAAUGACAUAUGAGAAGGGAGAGGAAAGGAUCUUUAUUGAAACUCGAAGGGGAACAAUUAUUCUUGACCCACCAAAUACAUAUAGAGUUAUGCCGCAAAACCGCAGCCUAUCGAGAGGUCAUGUCUUGGGCUGGCAGAAAGAGGCGGAAGAAGAGGAGACCGGGGAGGAGGAGACUGGGGAGGAGGAGACCGGGGAGGAGGGAGAAGGGGAGGUGGACGGGCCUGCAACGAUCACUCCUUCGCCAAUCGCCGCACAGACUCCAAAUACAGAUUACUGGGUGAUUGAUCUUCCACAAGUAGGGAAUACUGGGAAAGAAGGAAGAUUACUCAAAGAUAGACGUGGAAGUCCUAUCGUUUUGCCAGAUUCAAUAAUUUUGGGCAUGGAACUUGCGCCGAACCCUGUCGAAAACCAAACUACACGUCAGCCGACAUUGAGUUGUUCGAAUCAUCAGUUUUGCGGUCACCCUGGGGUACCCGUAAUGAACAAACCAAAGUCCCGGAGCGUCCAGGGGAAUGUCGGAGGUGGGCAGUUCCUCACUUUUAGCAUCGGCGGCAACUAUACAGAAGACCUUGUCCCUGGCUGGAUGGAAGUUGGCAGGUUCGGCGACGAUGUAGACGAGCUUUUGCAGCAAGCUAUCAUCCUUGUGAAUUGGAAAAAAAAGCGCGCCAUUAUCUUGACAGGACUUCAUGUUGCACUGAGCUUUGAACAUACGCUCUUCGACGGGGACACCGCACAUGAACUGAAUGAAUUGGUCAAUAGAGGAGACUCUGCCGAAAUGCGUGAGUGGGCCAAAGGGCUUCUCGCAAGGCCGCGCACACCAGCAGCUGAGCAGUUGGAAAAGGCUCUUCAAUGGUACUCAAUAUCAUUUCGCAAGCUCAGUGACCAUAUAACGCAACCCGGGAAGAGAAGUACUUGUUAUGGCGCAGACGCGGAAUCGCUCCAAGCGAAACGAUCCUCGCAGGUAGUACGCCAAAACCUUAAACCUAAUAAAUUGGUUCGCCUAACCUGGAGACCAGCCUCCAGUGACGAAGGCCUGAUAAUUUUCGUGGAUGCUAGUUACCCCAUUGGGAACAUUGGUGGCUUCGGUGACGACGACAUCUUCAUUGCAGCAGCGAUCCCCAGCGCCAUGCAAAAGCUUGGACGAAAGCCAUACUAUAUGUCAAGAAGGGAGGUCAGGUUGAGAUGGUCCGAGCGCAGUACGGUCAUAUCCGACAGGGACCCGGAGCUAAUACGCUAUGAACUGGUGUCGGGCGGAGUCAGCUAUGCGGUAAACAAGCCGAUUCCAUCUUGGGCUGAGCAGCGUUGUGCGAGGGUUCUAUAUUUACAGUAG